AUGGAUAGACUCGCAUUGAGGUCGGCCGGCUUCCGAAGUUGGACGGCGACGAAAUCACCAUGGCAGCGACGAAUAUCUCCCUUCGUGGCUCUGCCAUCAUACAUAUUACGAUGGAACUCGACCUCCACUCCGCCUGCCUCCCCCUUCCCUGUCUUCCGACACGUAAACCAACUCCGCGCCUUGCGCAGGAAGCUCCUCCUUCAAGGACGUACUGUGGGCUUCGUCCCAACGAUGGGGGCUCUACAUGAAGGCCACCUCUCCCUUGUACGCCACGCCCUUCAAGAGAACACUGACGUCUUUAUUUCUAUCUUCGUCAAUCCUACCCAAUUUGCUGCGCACGAGGAUCUCGAUUCCUACCCAGUCACCUGGAAUGAAGACAUGGAGAAACUUCAAAAGCUGCAAAUGGAACACAUCGCGACUGUGGGCCGGUCGCAGAGGCCUGGGGCGAUACGGGGUGUCUUCGCGCCCACUGUCAAGACCAUGUAUCCUACGCUCCCGCCCACUUCAGACAUCGCUGGUCCCGGCUCCUUCGUCACAAUCACGCCCCUUGGGUCUCAACUCGAGGGAGCAUCGCGCCCGAUAUUUUUCCGUGGCGUCGCGACAGUCUGCACCAAGUUGUUCAACAUUGUCCAAGCUGACCGCGUCUAUUUUGGGCAGAAGGAUAUCCAGCAGUCGGUCCUCAUCAAACGUAUGGUUAAGGAUUUCCACAUUCCUACCGAAGUUCGCGUCGUGCCGACGGAAAGAGAAUCGGACGGAUUGGCCAUGAGUAGCCGAAAUGUCUAUCUUGGAGAUCGGCGAAGGGAAGAUGCUACGGUCCUUUCAAGGGCUCUUUUAGCUGCGCGUGACCUGUAUAACACGGGUGUAUUGGAUGUAAGGCGCCUGCGCAGAGCCGCGUUCAACGUCUUUGAGGAGGACGCCGCAAGAAUUAGAAGUGAUGGCCGAGUCGGUCCGAGCGGCCGCCUUGAGAUCGACUACAUUGCGAUGAGCCAACCAGACACAAUGGGAACCAUUAUGGACGACGAGAAAGUCAAUCCGCGCAUCGGCGCCAUCGUCAGUGCCGCGAUGAUCGUCUCUCCAGUCGACAAGCCAAAAACCCAGGAGGAGCUGAAUCAACGGAGCGUCAGGCUCAUCGACAAUGUGAUACUGGAACCCCGCGUAAGUAGGAAAGAGCGGAAGUAUCUCAGACAGCACGCUGCGAAUCCCGGGAAACAUCGCAAAGUUUCACAACUAAGCAUUCGGAAGAUCAGUCAGGGAAGGCAAGAGGAUUUGAGGCCAGAGGAACAGGCUGAUGCUGUGGGAGGAGUACCAGUCGAAGAAUUAAAGCAAUGA